AUGGGCCAUCUCCUUUCGAAAAAUGGUUACCGUCUGAAGAAGAAGACACACAAACAGCAUCACAGGAAGAAGAAGAAGAGGAACUGCUUCCUUCAGGGGCCUUGCAUGCUGUGCUUCAUAGUCCAUAGCAGCAGCAGCAGCAGUGGCGUUCUUAACGAGGGCAGCGAACCAUUAGAGGCUGGUGUCAACGGCAACGUGUGCCGCCACAACAAUAUCAACGUCCCGGGUGUCGGCGCAGUUGGAAUCAGUGCGGCGCCCACUAAGCUCGCUGAGCACUACGCCACACUCGCCUCUCCUGAAGACCGCUCCAAAUUCCUCCUCUCCCCGCCAGAGUUAGCGAUUUGGGAAGGGACGGGAAGGAGCCUGCUGUCAGCUGUUCCGGCAAAACUCAUUCCACCUCCGGCUCUUUUUCGAACUGCUGGCGUGUCUGUGACUGUGCCCAUUCCCGUGCCUGUCCCCAACUGCACUUGUGAAUACGUUGAGAUGGUGUGUAAGCGGAAGUGUUCCGAGGUUCAGAGGUGCACACCCUGCAACAAGCAGCCACGCUGUGCCUUUUCUGCCCCUGACGGUAGCUUAGAUUUAGAGAACGGAGGGGUGGGUGCAAGUGCGGGAGAGGCUUCCACGAACUCGCAAACAGGCCACUGCCCUCUUCCAAUCUGUCCUUUGCCCUCUUCCUCCUCUUCUCCAUCGUCAUCCUCUUCCUCGACACCGGCUGAAGGCUGCUGCGGACCGUCUCUCAAGAUUGAUCCGCCCCAAAGCUCGGACUCAUCACCAGCCAGCCCACAGCAGUAUGACGACUGCCAGGCCAGAGGAACUGAUGCUGCUGAUCCUUUAAGUAUCAACCACCUGCCUUCUUCAAUCCUUCUUAAGGUGCUCUCGCACUUGACCGUGAAGGAGCGUUGCCUGUGCGCCUCUUUGGUCUGCAAGUACUGGAGGGACCUGUGCUUAGAUUUCCAGUUCUGGAAGAAAAUAGACCUCAGUGGCCUACAGCAAGUUAAUGACGAGCUGCUAGCAAAUAUAGCGUCUCGAAGGCAGAAUGUGACUGAGAUAAACAUCUCAGAUUGCAGGGCAGUCCAUGACCACGGUGUGUUCUCCCUGGCUUCUCAGUGUCCUGGCUUGCAAAAGUACACAGCAUAUAGGUGCAAACAGUUGGGGGACAUAUCCCUGGCCGCUUUGGCGGCACACUGUCCUCAGCUGGUGAAAAUUCACGUGGGAAAUCAGGACAGACUGACAGACAGGGCACUCAUAAAGCUUGGUGAGUGCUGCAGUGAGCUGAAGGAUAUUCACUUAGGUCAGUGUUAUGGUAUCAGCGAUGAAGGCUUGGUGGCUUUGGCCAAAGGAUGCCCCAAACUGCAGAAAUUGUACAUGCAGGAGAACAAACUGGUGACUGACCAGUCAGUGCGAGCGGUUGCAGAACAUUGUCCUGAACUGCAGUUUGUUGGUUUCAUGGGAUGCCCUGUGACGUCUCAAGGAGUCAUCCAUCUCACCACUCUCCGCAACCUGACCGUCUUGGACUUGCGGCACAUCUCGGAGCUGAACAAUGAGACGGUGAUGGAGGUGGUGAGGAAGUGUCGCAAUCUCAGCUCACUCAACCUCUGCCUUAACUGGAGCAUCAACGACAGGUGUGUGGAAAUCAUUGCCAAGGAGGGGAGGAGCCUGAAGGAGCUCUAUCUGGUCUCCUGUAAAAUCACCGACCAUGCUCUGAUAGCCAUAGGCCAGUAUAGCAGCACCAUAGAGACUGUGGAUGCUGGCUGGUGUAAGGACAUCACAGACCAGGGCGCCAUGCAAAUAGCAGAGAGCAGCAAAUCACUACGCUACCUGGGCCUCAUGAGAUGCGACAAGGUGAAUGAAGAGACAGUGGAGAGGCUGGUGGUCCAGUACCCUCACAUUGUGUUCAGCACGGUGAUGCAGGACUGCAAGAGAACCCUGGAGAGAGCUUAUCAGAUGGGCUGGAGCCCCAGUGCUUCGAACGCCUCAUAG